UGCGCUUGCACUGUGAAAGAUAUUACGCGCUCCUCGAUCAAGCAAAAAAUGUGUGUUUAUUAUUGUGUGAUCGAAGUUUCGGACGUGUUUCAAGAAGCCGCGUUAGUAAUUUGAAACGGGUGGAAGUUUGUGCGAAGGUGAAAGUCACAGGAGAUCGCCUAUAUCCGAUGAACAAGUGGGGCCUGUUCGUGCACUUAAUCAACGCAGCCAGAAGACGGGUACAACACCGAACAUCUGCAACUUUCUGUAACAGAGCCUCAAAAGUAUCCUUGCGAAUCAGUUCCAGGUGCAGCGGGAUGGAAGAGUCAGUCGUUUCGGUGAAGUACGAGUCCGACGUUGAGCGCGACUCAUGUGACGAGGAAGACAAAGUGCCGAUCACGACCACCACGAAGAACGCGUUGAUAACGACCCAGCUGGGCCCAUGCGACGUCUAUCCGCAUCGCGUCAAAGUCUCGAUCGUGGGUAUAGGGAAGAUCGGAAUGGCCUGUGCCAUCGCGAUCCUGAUGAGAAGGUUGGCGAGCGAGGUCUGCCUGAUCGACCACGACGCGAACAAGGCUUCCGCCGAGGCCGAAGACAUUCAGCACGCGGGCGUUUUUUUGGGAAGUCCUCUAGUAACUGGCACGUCAGAUAUUAGCAUGGUGAAGGAAUCGGCGGUGGUGAUAAUUAGCGCGUGCGAACCGGCGCCCGGCGAAGAGCCGAACGUAAAGCAUAACUUCAAGAUGUUCAAGACUAUCAUACCCGGCAUAGCAAGAUUCGCCUGCAAGUCGGUGUUGCUGGUUGUAACGCAGCCGACGGAUGUAAUGUCUUACAUCACUUGGAAACUUUCGGGGUUUCCUUCUAAUCGCGUCCUCGGCACAGGGACUUUGCUAGAUAGCGCUAGGCUACAAGAUUUUAUCAGUCGGCGGCUGAAUGUCGCCCGAAGCUCCGUUAGUUGUAUGACGAUUGGGGCUCAAGGAAAUAUGGCAGUACCUGUAUGGUCGAAUGUCCACGUGGGGGGUAUGAAGCUCCGUGAUAUUAACCCCAGAAUCGGGGAAGAAGAUGACCCCGAAAAAUGGUACGAAAUUAACGAGGCCAUGAAAAACAGUGGCAAGCAACUUGACGAAAAGAAGGGGUUGAACUGUUGGGGCCAUGCUCUUUGUACGGCCGAAAUCGUCGACGCCAUUGUUAGGAACACUAAAGUUGUUCUGCCAGCAUCGACGCACAUACAUAGCUGCGCCCACGGCACGGACAAGGACGUGUACAUGUCGGUGCCCUGUGUGAUCGGACGGGAAGGUGUGUAUUGCACUGUUAGACAGAAGCUGACCGAACCAGAGAAGUCCGCGGUGCAGACGUGCGCCGACAGUAUUCGAGGCGUACUACGGGAAUGCGGCAUUCUCCAGGACUCGCAAAACGAUAGCGAGGAGUGAGCAGCGCGCGAUAGAACGACGGGAAGGAGGGAGAG